AUCUCCUUCUCUCCGACAACGGGUCUUGCCCUUCUCUCGCAAACCUGGUAGAGUGGUUGCUCAACACAAUGAAGUCUCUCUUCCUCUAUACCAUAGCUUUCUUGGCGGCGGGAUCUUUUUGGCCUCAAGGAUCACAAGCUUCUGUUGGGGUGCAAGUUGCAUCCGCACAGUACUUGCUUGGGCUUGGUGUUGGUGAUGUAACUGGCCCUGUUGUAGAGACGAACAUGAUGGGCUAUGCAAACCUGGCACAAACGGAUACUGGUCUUCAUAUGCGUCAACGGAGUCGUGCAUUCAUCGUAGCUGAUGCCUCAAAUUCUUCAAACCGAGUGGUCUUUAUCAAUUCUGAUAUAUGCAUGGGAGAUACUGGAGUUCGUCGCUCGAUUGUGGCAGAACUCUCGUCACAAUAUCCAGGUAUUUAUACUAAUGACAACAUCGCACUUGUUGGCACACAUCAGCACUCUGGAGUCGGCGGAUACCUCGAGGACCUUCUUCCCCAAAUAACGUCUUUGGGGUAUGUUAAACAAAGUGCUGAUGCUAUCGUGGCGGGUUCUGUGCGUGCUGUGCAGCAAGCCCAUGAUAGUCUUUCUCCGGGAAAACUCAGCCUAGGAAACACCACAGUGCUCAACGCAAAUAUCAAUCGAUCACCUUCUGCGUAUCUUGCCAAUCCUGCCGAUGAACGCGCAAAAUACCAGUAUGAUCAAGAUAAGGAUUUAACCCUCCUAAGAUUCGACGAUAUCGACGGUAAUGCUAGAGGCUUUCUGAGUUUCUUUGCGGUACACGGGACCAGUCUUUAUGAGAAUAAUACUCUUGUCAGCGCUGAUAAUAAAGGCAUGGCUGCAUACCUCUACGAAUCGAUGGUGGAACCCUCAUCUAUGCCCGGCCAUGCUACCUUCGUGGCAGGAUUUACUCAAUCAAACGUAGGAGAUACCAGUCCCAAUACUUUAGGCGCUUACUGCGAAAGUCCUGGAGAACCUUACGAUGGACAACCCUGUGAAUUCGAUCAUUCUACAUGCGGCAAUAGGACUGAAGAUUGUCAUGGUCGAGGGCCAGGGUUCCGCAUUUCUGACUUUGAAUCGAGCAGAAUAAUCGGUCAGCUGCAGUUCGAGGGAGCGCAGACUCUGAUGAACCAAACGUUACCUCCGGUUAAUGGUUCUGUUAAAGCUGUGCACACAUAUUUGGACAUGGCAACUCACAGUUUUACUUUGCCGAAUGGUACGACUGCACAGACCUGCCCUGCUGCACUUGGUUUCUCCUUUGCUGGAGGAACAACGGAUGGACCUGGUGCUUUCGACUUUAUCCAGGGAGAUAACUCAUCAAAUCCUCAAAAUCCAUUUUGGGAAAUUGUAAAGGGUGCUGUGACGCCUCUCCCGUCUGCAGAACAGGUCGCGUGCCAGUACCCUAAGCCGAUCCUCCUGAAUACGGGUUAUGCGCAUGUUCCAUACGAGUGGUCCCCGAGCACAGUUGAUAUUCAAAUGCUUCGGGUCGGUAAUCUCGUGAUGCUUAUCAUGCCCGGAGAACUAACCACCAUGUCUGGAAGAAGAAUGCGGGAUGCUAUGAGAGCAAAGUUGAUAUCUGAAGGAAUACUUGGCGAAGAUGCCUAUGUUGUGAUUGCUGGUCCUGCAAAUACUUAUGCUCAUUAUGUGGCCACUCGCGAAGAAUAUGGUGUUCAGAGAUAUGAAGGCGCAUCCACUAUAUUCGGCGCUUCCACAUUGGACGCCUACAUUGACAAGUAUGGCAGCUUAGUUUCUUUCCUCGCUGAUAACGCUAGUGGUGCGCCAGCAUCGGAUCCUGCCCCUGCAGAACAAACUAGCAAGGCUAUUUCGCUACAGACACCCGUUAUUGUCGAUAAUUCACCUCUAGGAAAGAAGUUCGGUGAUGUGCUUGUUGACAUCAACAAUACCCCGUACCACGUUGGUGACACUGUCACGGUCCAGUUUGUGGGAGCUAAUCCUAGGAACAAUUUGCGCUUGGAAGGUUCGUUCUUGAGCGUAGAUUACAAUGUGGCAGACCAGUGGAGCAUGGUGCGGACCGACUCGCAUCCAUCAACUAUUUAUCGUUGGAACAGAACAAGCACGGUCUUUGGGACAAGCACAGUCACCAUUUCAUGGACCAUAGAGGAUGGGACCCCUGCUGGAACGUACCGCAUUUCCUACUUUGGGGACUCCAAGCCUCUCAUUGGCUCCAUAUCAUCGUUCAAUGGAACUUCAUCAACUUUCACUGUGGCCUAAUUUCAAUGUACAAGCACGAUAUGAUGUCGAGAUGGACUGUAAUAGAUAUACGAGUGAUGUGUUACAAAAAGAUUUGUUAGCUAGCUAGUUUUAACGUACGAGACAGUGGUUUCUGUUGUCAAUGUUUUCAGUGUAAAUCAGAUUUAUUUGAACUUUUU